AUGACUCCUGAAAAUAUUAUCCCGUAUUACGAAUAUGCUAACCCGGUCGAUUCGUUUAUAAAUAUGACUUGUCUCCGUCUAUUAGACCGUGGUCAUUUGACCUCGUACAAUAUGGUGGGCAUACGAAACCCAACAGAUAUCCAAGCUGAUUCAAGUUUACUCGGCUCGAUACCCAUCCAAGAGCAGUUGCCUACUAACUAUACUUUUGAUGGAUCAAACUAUGCAUCUUCCGAGGGAGUGCCCGACAGCUCAAUAUGGCAACAAUCCUUCAGAGAGUACGGAUUGGCUCUUAUGCCUGGGCCUUCGAGAGUUGAAGAGUACCCUUUUGGCAUACCAUCCUGUGCAAAGCACGACGAGCGAGAAAAGCCCGGUAUAACAUAUCCCAAGGCCUCAACGUUCGACGGAACCUGUCGCCAAUACCCAAAUCUCCGUAUUUGUCGGACCUCCCCAACUGUCCAGUAUCCCGCUCGGUUACUACAUGAUACAGAAGGGCAUGUUCGAGGAGCUCGCGGCACCCAGAUCGCAAAAGUGCCAGAGUUGAUAGCUGUAGCCUCUACACGCCGCAGGAAUUCCGGAGUGUAUGCAUCGCUUGACUACACUAAUCCACGCGGCCAUGUGGGGAUCAGGGUUCGUCGAUCACCAGAAGUCCGAUGGAACGAGACCAUGCAGUGCGAAUAUAUCAGUCCUAUUACUGGUUGGCGUUGUAUGGUGCAGUUAAAUAGAGGCCCAGACCUAGAACGACAUCUACGCACCGUUCAUUUAAGGCAAGAGUCACCCCACGUGCCCUCGGAAGCAAACAGGCCGCCUGUGCUCAACCUCGACAAGUAUAAAAGCCACGACAUGUCGAAUCGGAUUGUGCCUCAAGUGUACCGCGCGAUCAUCGACGAGGUGAUGGCGAACAUCAAAAGCGAGUUUGAAGAGUUUGGAGUUGACGAGGAUGUGAUGGCCCAACUCCAAAAUAAAUGGGAAACCAAAGUGGUCGCUUCGAAUGUGGCCCAGUUUGAACCUCCGGCGCCCACUUCGCCUCCCGCGCGUCAUCCUCCGAUCCACCCUACGCAUCCGCACCCACCCCCACCGCCGCAACCCCAGUACCACCCACACCACCCACCUCACCCUUCACAUCCGUCGCUUAUGCAGUAUCCGUACCAGCCGUACCCGCCUCCACCGGGAUAUCCGUAUGCGUACCCGCCGCCUCCGCCGCAGGGAUACCAGCUCCCUCCGAUCGUGCAGCCCCCACCGCCACCCCAGCCACAACCUCUCCCAGCGCCUAGUCCGCGGGUAAAGACCGAAGACGAAGACGCGGCGCCCAAGCACGGCACGUUUGCCCCCGCCGGCGGAGUCCAACUCACGCGGGUCCCGCAAGUCGACGGGCCGAGCGAAGAGGCAAACGGUGGAGGCGGAGGUGUGGAUGGGUGGGACGAGGUUGCUGGGUCGGGUGCGCCGAGGACGAAGAAGUAUAGUCCGCUCGAGGAGUAUAUGAAGACUCUGGUCAUGUCCGAGGCUGGUCCGAGUCGGAUUUCGCAGUUGGAUGGGUCCUCGGAGAUUGAUGCUGCUUCACCGCCGUUGCAGACCUUGGAUGAUGGUCGUGGAACGGAGGAGAUUGGGUCAGACUUGGAUGAUAGUGAUGAUUCGGACGCGGAUGAUGUUGAGAACGAGGGAGCUGGCGAGGCUGGGGAUUACGUCUUUUGCACAUACGACAAGGUUCAGCGCGUCAAGAACAAGUGGAAGUGCGUGCUGAAGGACGGCAUGAUCCAUGUCAAUGGCAAGGACUACCUCUUUAUGAAGUGUAAUGGGGAAUUCGAAUGGUAA